AUGAGCCUGACAGAGGUCUACUUCGAGAUCGUCUACCCAAUCUUUCCAUUCUUCCAUCAACCCACAUUCCUCCGCAGAAUCGCUCGGGCCGAGUACACAUCAGAUCGGCAUCUAUUCGCUGCUACGAUGGCUCUUUGUGCACUCACUGUCGCCCGAGUGCAGGACCAGGCCCUCUACAACAACUCGUACGAUACCGAAGAGCUGACCACAGUUCCAUGGGAAACGUUCUACCAGGCGGCAAUACGGGCUAGCGUCGAUGUGACUACCGAGAGCAGUACCCAGAAUCUCGAUUUGCUGCGGAGUUGUGCAUUGCUGUCUCUGACUGCCGUACAAUGCAGCAAAAUCCGUGAUAUGCAAAGGUUCCUGGGCAGGUAUCAUACAUUGGUUGCCAUGGAUCGCCUCCAGGAUGAGUCGAACUGGCCUGCUGGAAUAGGAAUUGUCGAAACUGAGGAGAGAAGGCGACUGUUCUGGUCGAUGUAUACAUUCGAGGUGUACGUGUCCGUCGUUUGGGACAGCGUCACUCGCGUGCGCGAGCAACAGGUUAAGGUCUCGUACACCACGGAGCUUGACGACGAGCGCUUCAGUGACCGAGGCUAUGCUACAGUCGAAUCGCCAGCUGACCUACGACAGAGCCCAAACAGCCGCCAAGGUCAUGUCAGCAGCAAGAGCUGGCUCUGUGGAUGGAACUUCACCACAGAUCUGUAUCGGAUUUUAGAGCACGUCAUGGCGAACUUUCGGGAUCGUCAGAGGCACCAAGGCUCGUUUCCAACAAAUCUAUUCGUGGACAGAUCUGAUGCUUCAAUCUCUUCUAUCAGAGAUUCGAUCAUGCAGCUGUACCAUGAUCUGCCACAUUGCUUCAAAGAGGCCCCUCAGAUCACGUGCGACCCAGCAAGCGACCGCUUUGGGUUCCAGGCCGCCAAUAUCAUCGCAACAGUACAGCUACUGCGAAUGAUGCUUUUUGCUUCGGGUGGUGGCAGUCUCGAGGAGCGUUGCAAGAUUGCGAGCGAGGUCAUCGAUGCUUUCACUCGGAUCCCUGUCCCAUACCUGCGUGCCAUAAGCUCGCCUUUGCUUUACCACUUGGCGGGCACUGGCUCUAUACUUGGCUCGGUAUUCGAGGAGCCCAUGACCGAGCUUGCCUACGAGCAAGUCCGAGUCGUUCUGCUUGCUCUUGCUCAGCUUUUGGAGAAUCUUGAGUCUGGCAUACACGCGACAAAGAGUGCGCAGCGACUUCGAGACCUGGUUGGGCAGAUUGACCAAUACAUGAACACUCAAAGAGACCAGUCAAGCAGCAUUCCUGCAAAGCUAGCCAGCGAGUUCAUGGAAGAAUGGCCUUGGACUCUGGAUUUCAUGCAAUUUACCGACAGUCGAAACUCUCCGGUCGAAUAUCCGAUCCCGUGA